AUUGAUCGAACGACGCCUACUGAACUUAAUGUAAUUGAAGAUGAUGUGAUAUAUUCGAAACAAGAAAUAAAUGACAUUUUGACUCUUCUUGAAGAAGGCAACAGAAUUUCGGGUGGACUUAAAAACAUUGUGACCGCUUAUGGGAUUGUGGGAUUUAUUCAAUUUACUGAUGGCUUUUACAUCUCACUGAUCACCAAAAGAAGUCCUGUUGCUUUAAUUGGCGGGCAUUAUAUAUAUCAUAUUGAUGAGACAAUUCUUCGUCCAAUCGGACCACAGGCAAAACUCGAAAAAAAUUCUGAUGAAUACAAGUAA